AUGUGGAGAAUAUAUGGCUUCAUUGUUAAUGAAAUGUACCCAUCAGUAUAUAGCUUACAUUUACAUCUUAAGGAUAAACACCAAGUAACUUUUCAAGCAAAUGAAGACUUAAUCAAUGUUCUCAACUCUGAUCGAUCUGCAAAAUCAAUGUUAACAGAAUUCUUUGCAUUAAACCAAGUAGAUGAAAAUGCCAAGACAUUGUUAUACAAAGAAUUUCCAGAAUUUUAUGUUUGGAGCCAACAAUACAAAGAGUGGACUCGUCGGAAAAAAAAAACUGUUAUAGGUCGAAUUAUUACAGCAAAUCCAUUUGAAGGUGAGAGGUAUUAUCUGCGGAUAUUGCUAAAUCAUGUAAGAGGACCUUUGUCGUUUGAAGAUCUUAGAACAGUUGAUGGUGUCGUGGCUCCAACAUUUCGUGAGGCAGCAACUAUGCAUGGUUUGCUACAAAGAGACAGUAGCUUACAAGAUUGUUUACAUGAAGCAUAUCUAUAUCAAAUGCCAUCCAAUUUGAGACGACUAUUUGCAACUAUUUUGGUUUAUUGUAAUCCAACCAAUCUGAGAGAGAUUUGGGAACGUUUUGAGCAAGAUAUGUCAGUUGAUUUUAGGUCGACUGAAAAUUCUAUGUCGGAUGUAAGAAUGCAAGUUUUGCACUCAAUCUCUUUUACACUUGAAUCAAUGGGGAAAGACAUUAAUUCGUUCCAUCUUCUUGAUGACAACAUUUGUUUUGGUGAAGACCAACUCGAAUCUAGGGAAAUCGAUGAUGAAUUGGCUGUUGAAAUUCCAGAAGAAGAUAUUGUUGCAUCAGAAGCCCUUAAUAGUAAACAACGACAUGUCUAUAAUUCAGUUUUGGGAAAGGUUUUUUCUAAUGAAGCUGCUACAUUUUUUGUCGACGGCCCUGCUGGGACGGGGAAGACAUUCCUGUACAAGGCACUUCUUGCCGCAGUAAGAUCAAGAAAAUUAGUCGCACUUGCAACUGCUUCAUCUGGUGUUGCUGCAUCCAUCCUUCCUGGAGGUCGAACAGCACACUCGCGCUUUAAGAUUCCACUAGAUACUGAUGAACAUAGCAUAUGUUGUGUCAAUAAACAAAGUGCCAUCGCAAAGUUACUACGUGUGGCAAGGUUAAUUAUAUGGGAUGAGGCCCCUAUGUCAAGAAAACAACAUAUUCAAGCAUUAGAUAAAAUGCUACGAGACAUUAAUGAUUCAGAGUUAACAUUCGGUGGAAAAGUUGUCAUUUUUGGUGGAGAUUUUCGCCAAGUUUUACCUGUGGUUCAUAAAGGAACAAGACAAGAACAUGUUGACACCAGUUUGGUUUCUUCUUACUUGUGGCCUACAUUGAUCAAGUUUCAUUUGACUGAAAAUAUGCGAGCAAGAUUGGAUCCAGUCUUUUCAGAAUAUGUGUUAGAAUUGGGCAACGGAAUGCCACCAAUCACAGUUGAUGAAACUAUAAAAAUUCUUGAUGGCAUGCUUGUUCCUUACGAAGAUGACUGUACUUCUUUGGAUCAUUUAAUAGAUGCUGUUUUCCAUGAUAUUCAUGAAUAUUCAAUAAAUAUUUCAGCUAUGAUGAAUCGGGCCAUAUUAACACCAAAGAACAGUUAUGUUGAUGAAAUAAAUGCAUUGCUAAUUCAUAGAUUUCCUGGUGAGCUUAAGCGAUAUUAUAACUUUGAUGAAGCAAUAGAUACAUCUGAACAGUCAAUUAUGGAAGAUUUUUUAAAUACUCUAACCCCAAAUGGACUUCCUCCUCAUGAAUUGUUACUGAAGAUGAACUGUUCUAUCAUGCUGCUUAGAAACAUUAAUCCUUCAGAAGGACUAUGCAACGGAACACGUCUAAUUUGUCAGGCUUUUGAUCAAAAUGUCAUUGAUGCAAAAAUCGCAGUUGGGCAUCACAGCGGAAAAAGGGUCUUUAUUCCAAGGAUCCCAUUCUUACCAAAUGUUGAUGAAAAUAGUGGCUUCCCAUUCAAACGAACUCGGUUCCCUAUCAGAUUAAGUUUUGCAAUGACUAUAAAUAAGUCACAAGGGCAAACAUUGGAUUUUGUUGGAAUAUAUUUACCUCAACCUGUUUUCUCACAUGGUCAAUUAUAUGUGGCUUUAUCAAGGGCAAAGACUGCAUCUACAGGAAAUCAGCUGCAAGCUACAAUAUUUGAUAAAGAUUGUAGUCAAAUAUCAGCUGCAAGCUUUAUAUUUGAUAAAGAUAUUGACUCGCAACAAGAUACUUUGCACAUUUUCCAGUCAUAUUACAUCAGUAAUGCAUAUGUGAAGCCAUUGGAUCCGAAAUAUAGAAUUGAAACAUAUGAAUAUCAAUGGAUCUUGAAUGCUAAAACGAUAAUUGAGGAAGUUCCAAAGGAUGAAAGACAAUUGGAGCCACCAAAGUACCAACUCAUUCCAUUCAAUGAAUUAGAUGCCUACAAGAAUUCAAUUGCAGAAAUAGGAUUAUCUCUAUCAUCACGUCCGAAAAGUAAAUUUAUGAUCAAUCCUGUUAUUCCUAAGGCAACUUCAUUACAAGAGUGGGCAGCGAUUAAUGAUUUAUUACUCAAGAGUAUUAUUGCAAAAAACUUGACACACCCAUCUGCAUCUCUAUCUUCUGUUGGCAUUCGGGAAAUAAUCAAGAAUUGUGAUGUUGCUGAAUUCAUCAAAAGUUUGCAACCUAUGGCGGAACAUUUGUCAUAUAUAGAAAAUCUUGUGGCACAAGUUUCACAGAAAGAGUGGAAGAUUGAACUUCUUGCAGACCUCGAUCGACUCAACCAAAAGCAGUUCAAGAAUUUCAAUGUCGUCUCUAUUAAUGCUGUACAGGAUGACACAAAAUGA